CGUCGUUGGAGAUGCUCUAAAGAGCCACCAACCGCCAGACGAUUGCAUCAAUUUCGUUUCCCUUUUUGUACGCAGCUAAUAAUUCUCGAGCAGCGUUGGCUGUUGCCGACACGCCCAGCCCGUGGUCGAAAACAAGACCCGCCGUGUCACUCGCUCAAAAGCUUCCUCGACCACGGGCAUCAUCCAUCCGAGACUCCCAGCCGAUCGUGCACCAACCAGAUGGCGACCCCGACCGUCGUGCUGCUGCCCGUCUGGGCCGCCGGCCACCUCAUGUCCAUGCUCGACGCCGGCAAGCGGCUGCUCGCCCGCAGCGGCGGCGCGCUGUCGCUCACGGUGCUCGUCAUGCAGGCGCCGGGGGAGAACCACAGGUCCGAGGUCGCCACCCACAUACAGAGGGAGGAGGCGUCCGGCCUCGACAUCCGCUUCCACCACCUCCCCGCCGUCGAGCCCCCGACGGACUGCCUGGGCAUCGAGGAGUUCGUCUCCCGGUUCGUGCAGCUCCACACGGCCCACGUGAAGGCGGCCAUCUCCGGCCUGGCGUGCCCCGUGGCCGCGCUUGUCCUCGACUUCUUCUGCACGACGAUGCUCGACGUGUCCCGGGAGCUCGCCGUCCCCGCCUACGUGUACAUCACCGCCGACGCCGCCUUCUGCGCGCUCCUCCUGCGCUUGCCGGCGCUCCACGAGGAGGUGGCGGUCGAGUUCGAGGAGAUGGAGGGCAUGGUGGACGUGCCUGGCCUGCCGCCGGUGCCGCCGUCGUCCCUCCCGGUUCCGGUGAUGGACAAGAAGAACCCCAACUACACGUGGUUCAUGUACCACGGCAAGCGUUUCACGGAGGCCAAGGGCGUCAUCAUCAACACGGUCACCGAGCUGGAGCAGAGCGUCCUUGCAGCCAUCGGCGACGGCCGGUGCGCGCCCGGAUUUCCUGCCCCGACGGUCUAUCCAGUAGGCCCCGUGCUCUCCGUGACCCCUCCAGUGGAGCAGCCGCACGAAUGCGUGCGGUGGCUGGACGCGCAGCCUCCGGCGUCCGUGGUGCUCCUCUGUUUCGGCAGUAUGGGGUUCUUCACGGCGCCUCAGGCGCACGAGAUGGCCCACGGGCUGGAGCGCAGCGGGCACCGCUUCCUGUGGGUUCUGCGUGGCCCGCCAGCAGCCGGCGUGCGAGAACCCUCGGACGCGAACCUCGGGGAGCUGCUCCCGGAGGGGUUCGUGGAGAGGACGAAGGAGAAGGGCCUGGUGUGGCCGACGAAGGCUCCGCAGAAGGAGAUCCUGGCGCACGCCGCCGUGGGGGGCUUCGUGACGCACGGCGGGUGGAACUCGACCCUGGAGAGCCUGUGGUUCGGCGUGCCCAUGGUGCCCUGGCCGCUGUACGCGGAGCAGCACCUGAACGCGUUCACGCUGGUGGCCUACAUGGGCGUGGCCGUGGCCAUGGAGGUGGACCGGAAGAGGAACAACUUCGUCGCCGCGUCGGAGCUUGAGCGGGCCGUGAAGGCGCUCAUGGGGCGCGACUCCGAGGAGGGGAAGAGGGCGAGGGAGAAGGCCGCGGAAAUGAAGGCCGCGUGCCGGAAGGCCGUCGAGGAGGGCGGGUCCUCCUACUCUGCGCUCGGGAGGCUCUCUGAGGAGAUAAUCAAAGGCGCCAAUAAGUAAUUGACGAACAUCCGGAGACGAACUUAGAGAGUGUGGGUGCUCUGUGGUUGUAGUUCUUGUUCUGCCUGCAUCGCGAGCAAUCCACCUCCGGUAGAGAGCUCUAAUAAAACCCCACUUUCCUCCCUCA